AUGCCAACAUUUGAAACGGGUGAUCCUGGUGGUAUAAUUAGUAAAAAUGAUCGUAAUGAUCGUGUCGAAUGUUAUGGUUGUAAUUAUAAAAUUGAAGAACGUUAUUAUUUAAUGGCUAUUGAUAAAAUAUGGCAUUUAUCAUGUUUAAGAUGUUUUGAUUGUAAUCAAUCAUUAGAAAAAGAGGUGACAUGUUUUUCUCGAGAUAAACAAAUUUAUUGUAAAGAUGAUUAUAUCAAACGUUAUUGUCGUCGAAUAUGUUCUCGUUGUCAUAUGUUAAUUCGUCCAAAUGAAUUAAUAAUGCGUGCAAAACAGUAUAUAUAUCAUUUAGAAUGUUUUUCAUGUAUAUCAUGUAAUCAUCGAUUACAUCCCGGUGAUGAAUUUGGUUUAAAAGAUGAUGAAUUAUUUUGUCGUGUACAUUAUUAUGAAUAUGAAUUAUAUUUACCAUCUUCUUCUAUAAAUCAUCUAUCAUCACUACCACCAUCAUCAUCAUCAAAAUUAUCUACAUGUUUAAAUUCGACACAGUAUUCACCAUUACCAUUUAUGUCUGAUGAAUCCGAUUAUUAUUCUUUGCCAUUGCAAACAACAUCUGAUGGAAAUAAUAGUUGUAGAACAACAAAUUCAAAAAUAACAUUAACAAUAGCAAAUAAACGUGCAAGAAAACGAAAAAUUAAUAGACAAGAAAUACCAGAUUAUAUUACAACAUCAUCGUCACCAUCAUCAAUCGAUCCAAAUGCAGAUUUAUUUUCAUUGGACGGUUAUUAUUUGGAUGAUGUUGAAAAUUCAUUACUCAAUGAUCCAUCGUCUCUAUCUCAACAACAGCAUUCACAUCAUAAUCAUAGUCAUCAUCAAAGACAAAAACGUGUGAGAACAAGUUUUAAACAUCAUCAAUUAAGAUGUAUGAGAUCCUAUUUUAAUUUAAAUCAUAAUCCAGAUGCAAAAGAUUUAAAAAAUUUAGCAGAAAAAACUGGUCUACAAAAACGUGUAUUACAAGUUUGGUUUCAAAAUGCUCGAGCCAAAUUUCGUCGUAGUUCAUCACGAACUGAUUCUAAAAAUGCUACAACUAAUAGUAACAGUAGAAAUAAUAAUACUUCUGAUAUAGAUGGUAAUCCAUCAUCAAUAAGAAAUUCUUCAUCAUCUAAAAUUAGUUAUGGUGAAGAUUCGUCAAAUAUGUCAUCACUAGCCGAAUCUGAAAAGACAUCAUCUCUAAUAAUGAGCGAAUCUGAAACAUAUGGAUCAACGUGA